AUGCCGGAACAUGAGCAACGGGAAUUGGUUCAGGCUUAUUUCGAUCCCCUUACCGAUGCCAAUGGGGUGAGAUACUGGCACAGCGACCGCAGCGAGCAGCUCUUGUACUUCCGAUCACCAGAGCAGAUCUGGGUCCUGAGCAGUGCUGCGCAGCCGAAGGUGCCAAUUGCCGGCUCAACGGACUUCAGAGAGUGGAGCCUUGGUUUUCACCUUCACCUUCCGAAAACAGCUGAAACCUUUGUCGGGGAGCUAUAUCAAUACUUCGGCCAGCACAAAGACAGCCCUUGCUUCAAGCGUUGGAAGCUGCCGCAGCUCUUCCUGUUGAAGUCCAUCGCUGGACUAUGGGUUAUAAGAGGCCCGUCCUGCAAGGACCUGUGCACCAGCAGCAAUCUGAUAGACAAGAGAAUUGAGAGGGCCAGCUGCACAGUGGCAGAGGAAUGGCCGGAGCCGCCGGAGCCUGCAUCCUCUUCUACACCGGCGCAGCCCGAAGCUGAUAAGAAGCGCAGGGUUACAAUUGGGUAUAACAUGGAGCGGGUGCGGCAGUAUGUGAAGGAUGAGCAUGCUCGCGGUCUGCUAACAAGAGAGGGCGAGGACUGCGACAUGAAAGUAAAAUACGCAGUGUUUGGACGGGCGUGUUACAAGCCGUCUGAUAACGUCGCCGCCGUGCUAUUGAGUCCCAAGAGCACCGACUAUGUGCUUGAUCUGGGCGCCCACAUCGGCACGAUUUUGGCAUAA